GGCUGCUUAAAUACAUUUUAGUUAUUUGUAUAAGUUUAACCGGAAACAAAAAAUAUAAAGUUUCUACAAUUAAUAAAUAUUUUUCAAUUAAUCUAUCUUCAACUAAGUAUAAUCUAACAUAUGGUUUUUUUGCUUUUGUUAGAUGUACUAUUAUUUUUACUACAUAUAAAAAUUUCUGUUACAUAUUAAAUCAAUUGUUAGGUUACGUUUGAAAGGGGUGUAACCUACACAAACUUAUAUACCGACACAAACGCGCACAAUUUGGGUUGUGUUUUUUUUUAUUACGUUUGUAGUUCAUAUUUUGCCCACACCUAUUGUUGAAGUCGCAUACGUCACAAACGAAAGAUGGUAAACAGCCUUCAGACAUCGUGAUGGAAAGUUGGCUUACCAUAACACCUUGUCUUCAACAAGGUUUGAAGAUUGCAAGUCGAAUUGAUAAUGGUAAAUUUCGAUUACUUGUUAAUCGUAUAUGUCAAAAUUUACAAUCCACUAGUAAUGUAAAGCCAUUCAGUGAAGAGGAAGAAGAAAAACUCUUAGUAUCUUUAGAACUGAAUAAAGAGGAAUUAACCUUUUUGUUAGAUGCAGUAACACUUAUUUAUAAACAAGCUGCCUACAAUGUAGUUAAGUCGGCAGAAUUCGAAUCUAAUUUAAAAGAUAUUUGUAAAUUAGAUGAAAGUAAAACGUUGAUUUUUGUUAAUUCAUGGUUAAGUUAUGGUAAAGGAAUUAUUGAAUGUCUCAGAAAAAAAUCUAUAUUUCCUACGCAGGUAAAGGACAUUAAUUGGUGUUUAAAUAUACAAUCAUCAUCUUCAACAAUUUCUAAAGAUGCGAGUCCUGUGGCAUUAUUUCAAUUAGACUUUGCAGGUCGCUACGUGGAAGAUCGAGGAACGAUCGAAAUCGACGAUAGGGAGUGCAUUCACCCUCGACCGUGUGUGCAAGGAAGGGCGCUAUGCAACAAGAUCGUCUAUCCUUCUCUCAGGAUUCGAUGAUACCUGGCUCGAGAAGGCUUAAUUUCGCUGGUGGUGCAUCAGUAUAAUUCUCACGGCCAUGUAUUCUGGCACCGCAGGUCCAAAGACCUUCUUGCUCGGCCAGGGCAUGACUCAACCUGACGCUGCAAUCCCUUGACUCGCUUCCGGCUGCUGGGAAUUGUUUCACCACUACGGUUGUAUUAGAAUUCACUGGUGUCAAGGACCAUCGACAUUGUUCUACUGGCAAUGAUGUUACACAUCGUAGAAGUAUGGUACCACCGGAUGAUAUUUGAAUGUCCUGUGAGAGCUCUGAAAAUUUCACUUCGUCUAAAAGAAAGAGAAGUAUUAUUUAACAAUUGUAUAUGUUGACUUUUUUACAUGUCUCUUAUAAAAGCUUACCCUGUUCGAAUGUUAACAGUUUGACGAAUGGAGAAGACAGCAUCGUAUUAAGUGACGGUAUGGAUACCUGACAAUUCCACAAUCCUUGUUCCUCGGUACGAACAUGUGAAAGAACGAGUGAACAAUCCCUCCCAAGAUCACCGUUACUUGGGAAUUCUCGAAGCACGAUCUCAGGAUCGUUUCCAUGAAGUGGUUUCCAACUCCAGACACAUUUCUCUACGCGGCUACUAGUGAUACAUUUUAAGGUAACUUCGGUACCUAAAGGUACCGUGAUAUCUGUUGGUAUUUCCACUAAGUUUACUUUAGCUGAAAUGUAUAAAAGAAAAAAAAAAGAAAAAAAAAAGAAAAAAAAAAAAUUAAUAAAAAUAAAAAUAAAAAAAAAUAUGUAAACGAAAGGAAGCUCAAUAUCGUCUUUCUUCGAUUAAUAAGGAUGAUCUUGUUCCAAUGCUUACCCGAUGGUAAAAGACUCACAGUUGCUGAUGGUGCUUCAUGAAGUAUACCGUCAGGUGACAAUCGAAUUCCACAAGUCCACAGACCUUCUUCCUCGUAAAGGAUGUUUUUAAAUCGUACGGAGCAGUCGUGAUCGGCAUCUUUAUUUGGAGCGAACGUCUUUACGAGUAAAGGUUCCUUACUUGAGUUCGUUGCUCUCCAGGACCACUCGCAGCGUAUUACGGGUUUAUUGACCAAGCACCUUAAAAGUACGGAUUCACCGGCAGCUACUUGUACGCCGCGAGACAACUGUACGAAUUCAACUGAAAUAAGAUAUUAAUUUAGAAAGUGAUAUGAGUAAGAGGAGCAAAGCAAACGCGUAAUGAAGAAAUACGAUUAAAUUUCCUAGACUAUUAUAUUUUCGCAUACCUUCAGAUAUUAAAAAUCGAACUGGAUUCGAUCGUACAAAUGACGAAUUUGGAUCUAUACGUGCACCACAACUCCAAUAGCCUUCCUGUUCCGCUAGAACAUUUUUGAAUUUGAUGCUGCAAUCGGUGCUGUCGUUUCCAAAAGCUGGAAAUUUCUUUACUUCUAAAUUCCAAGGUUCGGACUGGUUCAAUCUUCGCCAAGACCAUUGGCACUCGCGUACAGGUAAUUUUGUUCUGCACAUUAUUUGUGCGAAGGAGCCUGCUACAACCUCUAUCGCUUCUUCGUGCUUAACGAAGGUAAUGAGAGAUCCUACGUGAAACAUAUUUUCUUGUUGUAUUUUAAUAUAUCGAAGUUUUUCGAUAGAUCUGUUUUUAUACGUUGAAAAGCGUAUCAUGUCAUCGUUUUCAUUUAAAAAAUUUAUUUUUAUUUCAUUUUCAUUCUUACUUUGUUAUUCUAUAUAAAAUUGUAAUAUCAACAUUUUAAUUAACAACGUCGAUUGCAUCCAUCAUGAUUCGACAAAAACUUAUUUUUGAAGCAGAAUAAAUAAAUUGUUAAUGCCACAAUAAUUAAAACAAUGCCGCGUAAAUCGCGAUUAUUUUGUCUGUAAUUUUCGAUUAUGUUGAAAACAACACGGUGGGACGGCGCCGUAUUCGUAUCAUACGAUGGCGUAUAUAUUUUUCGACGGCUACGUAAGAGACCAUGGUAAUCAAACAUACUUUUAAAAAUUUAGCGAUAUAAAAAGAUAAGAUACAAAAGACACCUAUAAUUCUUGGUAAUCGAAAGACAAUUGUGCAAAUAUUAUUUUCGAAAGCUAUAUAUUAAGUAUACGCAGUAUAUAACGUCUUUUUGGUCAAUUUUAUUACGCACGAUGCGUUUCUUAUCUUUCGAUAAGAAACUCUUGAUGCGAACGGUGAUCCUUCGCGAUUCGUACCUUGAUCGUUAACGAUGGUUAACUUGGCGGGUACCGUGGCGGUGAAAGGAUCGUUCGUUGAAUUCCUUGCGGCACAAGUCCAGUAUCCAGUCUGUUCAUGCUUCAUACUCGAAAAUCGAACGGAACAAUCGUUACUGCUGUUUCCAAAAGCUGGAAAUUGUCUCACUGGCAAUGAAUGUGCCGUUGGGGUUGACGUUGUCGAUGUUGGUGACGUUGUAGUUGCUAAAGAUCGAAAUAGGGAAUUCGUAUGUAAAUGUUUUAUCGAUAAAAAAAGAAAAAAAAAAAAAAAGAGACGCGUUAGAAGACUCGUAAAAAUAUCGCGUUAGAAGGUCUCCUUGCUUAUGUCCUUUUAUUCAUUUAGAUAAUUCUAUUAUAAGAAAAACGAAACUAACACAUGGAGUCAUUUGGACUCUCACUGAUGUCUGGAAGCGGCAGAUGAACUGGCGGUAAUGGCUGCCAGGACCAUUGACAUUCAGCAACGGGAUUCGUCGUUCUGCAUGGCAAAAGAACGGACGAGCCAAGCUGCGUUUCCGUGUGUUUAGGCACAUGAAGGAAGUGCACGGUUGUUGGUGAUCCUCGGAGGGUAUCGUUCGUCGAUUGAUCUCUUGUCUCGUUAUUUUCUAACGUAAUUUGUUCAACAUCUGUCAUAACCGUUGCAUUUUCUCCAGGUACUUCAACAACGGGUUGACCUAGAGAAAAUAAAAAACAAAUAGAUUUUUUUUGUCGCGACGAUGAGGAAAACGAUCCAAGUACUUUAACAUCGUAUGUAUAAUACCUAGAGAGAAAAAUAUGAAAAAGAAUUUUUUAUUUAUAUCGUGAUAGAGAAACAACGAGAAAACAUCGAGAUUCGUGGAGUCUCCGAUGGAACGCGAGUCUACCGAGUCGAGUGACAUCGACAAGCGGAUAUGUAGGACACAUCGGGCAGGAAGCAACGAUGGUCACGUAGACAAUCGCCUUGCGUUGCGCGUCUGUCACCGUCCGCGAGGCGGAUAGAACCAGGGACGGAUGUCUCGAGAGAAGCUCUCUGAAAGAUCGAUUAUCUUCAAAACGAAUAAUAUAAGAACGAUUACUUGCAAGCUUUCUUUUACGACCAGCUUGAAUUUCAUUCGAAACCUUUAUUCUCUUUUAUCUUUAAAAGAACAGGUAAGGUUCGUUUUCUCGAGGAAGUUCUUUCGAAAGGAACAAAUAGAAAGUAUGGCAUAGUUAUAAGAGAAAAUCAAAGAAAAUGAUUCCUCUCUUCGUUUCGUUAAUUAGAUAUUUUUUAAUUGUACCGUCCCUGUUCAGAAUCAUGUGCUUUUCAUAUGACAAGUUUGUCGUCGAUUAUAAUGUACGAAUGGUAUAUGUACGAUGAUCGAGGUUGAUCCUCGAGUACAUCGAGUCACAACGUUCACCAACUUUGUAAUACGUAAACCAUAACCGCAACGUUCUCCUCAAGUCGAGUGACCUGUGGUCGCUGACACUGGAAGGUCGUUUCCACUUCGCAUCGACAUACCUACUCGUUGUAGUCUACAGUUUUAUGAUUCUACUGGUUGAUCCUAUGAUUCUUUUUAUCAAAUUUCCUCCUGCAAGGUGUUCGAAAAUAUGAUAAUUAUUGGACGAAAGAGCGAUUUAUUUUUUAGAAAUAUCUAAGAUAAUCAAGGUCGUUGCUUCCUUUCUUGCAAUACUUUCUUAUUCCAAAGAAGACCGUGAUGACCUUUCACAUAUUGCCUUUGAAUUUAAUAUGCUGAAUGCCGUAGUGUUCAUAGAUGACCGAUACUUGAUUCUAUCAAUGUAAUCGAUGAUGAACGAUAAUGUGAUGCAUAAAAUAAUGACAACUGAUGAAUUAUGUGAAAUAAUGAAUAAUGACGAAAUAUAAGAAACGAUAGAAAAUAAAAUUAUUAUAUUGACGACAUCGAUUUUUAUAAAAAUAGCUUGAAAGUUAAUGCGUUAAUGAAGAGAAGGUAUGAGACAUCGUAUCGAGGUAGUUUAAUCAAAAGUUUGGUAUUUCGAUUGAAUAGUGUCGCUACCUGAUAAAUUCGUAAUUGAACACGAAAUAUCGUCUCAUACGCAACUUUCCGAGGAGCUUACGGUGUAACUAAUACGACGACAAUCAAAUCCUAUUGAAUGGUAUUAUCGAUUCGUUCAUCUUCUUUGUAAACCAAUGAAAUAGAUUUUUUGGAAGAAAAAAAAAGAAGAAAUAAAAGUAAAAGGUUUGAACGAUAGACGAAGGUGAGCGAGGCAAAUCUUUGUAUUUGUUGAGGUCGUUAACCUAACUCGAGCGAACUCCAAAAAUGGAAUUCAUAUAUGUAUACACACACAUACAUACAUACAU